AUGACAGCCGAAAACCAACCAAUCUUCCCGGCCGAAGUUUUCUUGAUGAUCUUGGCAUAUAUGUCAUUCAUCAACGUAUACAAGCUGUACUCCGAGUUUCCAGCGAAUAUGAAACCUUUCGUUAACGAUGCGCUGAUCAAGCACCAGAUCUUCAACCAACGUCGGUUGCUCAUCAUAUUGUCAGAUUACUCGAGGCCUACACUACCAAAUCAAUUCUUACCCGGGUCUGAGGUACCCGAAUACUACUACAACAGAGCUCCUGGAAGCAGCAGUGAUAUUCGCAUGGCCGCCCGAGUAUCUUCCGUCUUUCGUACGCCUAACCCGGCGUACACCUUCCCUUUUAUGUACGAAUUGGAGCCAGCCAGUAUCGACUAUGAAAAUAAGCAAAUUUUCUUCAAAGCUAGUGGAACUAGACAAAAUUGGCUCUGGGUGACGCACAGUGGAGCCGUACACAUCACGAUCAUCUUGGUAGACGGCAAUAGGAUUCUCAAGAGAGCACUAAAGGCCACCGCUCCUCAACUUCGACACGAGGUUCCAUUGUCUAGCCUAAGUGGAAAGCUGGAACUCAAUAAUGCUUUUCCUGGCCAAACUCGACCAUCCAGUUGCACAGUUGGAGUUGACUGGUUCUGCACUUAA